AUGGUUGAUGGUUUCUUUAUGGUGAAGAGUGCUUAUAGGUGCAUUAAGGAUUGGCAGCGACGUGAUAUGGCUGGAAGUUCUAGUGUUGGGUCUUCUCUGGUUUGGAAAUAUCUGAGGAAAUUGAACAUUUUACCCCGACAAGCGCAUUUCAUUUGGAGAAUUCUAUGCAAGGCUAUCCCAACUUGGCAAAGGUUGUGGAAUUGGGGGGUGGCUUGUCCUUUGUGGUGCCCUCGCUGUGAUGGUGUGGUGGAAUGUUUGGAACACUUGAUGUGGGAAUGCUCGUGGAGCAGAAGUUUCUGGUUUGCAUCGCCUCUGGGAAUAAUGUGGGGAAGUGACAACCAGGAGGACUUUUGUACUUGGUUGACUGGUAUGAUUUUGGAGGCUCUCGUGGAUGUAGUAGAAUGGGUAUGUGGUUCGUGCUAUGGCUUUGGGAGGGCAAGGAACUUGGCUUGUUUCGAAGGAAAGUUAGUGGAUGCGGGCAUUGCUGCAAUUGUUGUUGUCCAUGAGGUUCAGGAGUAUCAGAAAGUUCGAGCUUCUUUGCAGACUCGUUAUACGUCGCUUCCUACUUCUGCUUCUACAAUUUGGCAAUUUCCUCCUCGUGGGAAGGCGGAGUUGAACGUUGAUGAUGAUCAAGGCUCGGGAGGUUGGACACGAGGUGUUGUAAUUCAGAAUGAUGAAGGUUCGGUGCUGGCGGCUGUGGAGCGAACUUGGGGUGGCCUAUGUGGAGGCUGA